AUGCGCUCUACAUCACAGCUAGCGACGACAUCUUUGUGGCAGAUUCUUCCAGAGAAUAUGUCUCUCGAAGAACGGAUUGAACUUACAUAUGCAAGGUGCAAGUCUGUCGUGCAACAUUUCAAUCUAACAGCCAAUGAUAUACUUAAUGUCACACCGAGAUAUUGGGCGUUCCUUAACGAUCCUUUAAUGGUCACGGAUGUCUCUGUCGCGACACUCCUGAACAUUCACUUCAACCUCUACGUUGGAACGUUGGCAAUGUAUUUGGAUCGUCGUCCAGACCUCAAGGAAACCAUCGAUCGCCUUCUCAGUUUCGAAUGGAACGGGCAAUACUGUCUUACGGAACUUGGGCACGGUCUUGAUAUUAUUAACAUGGAGACCACGGCGAGAUUACAACCAAGUGGAGAGUUCGAGUUUCACCCUCCAAGUCCUCUGUUGAGAGUACGAGCCACGACCGCAGCCACACAUCUUAGCGACUUACCGCCUGCUAAGAUAUACGUCUAUUUUCUUGCUCCAGUUGCUCCAGGCCAAUCCUCGCUGCACUCGCUUUGCCGCGAAGUCUCGCUGUCAUGUCCUCCCAGAUUCCCCGGUCCACUACUCAACAUCCUCUCCCCUCGUGGUGGGGCUCAUCCGGUAAAGCACUGCCUGAUGUACUUCAAGAACGUCUUCCUUCCAGCCUCCGCCUUGUUAGGAUCACUUGACCGACCGAAAGAUCUCCGUACUGCUUUCUUUCUCAACAUAUCUCCUGUCAUUUUGGCUAAGUACAGUCUCCGGCGUCGAGUGGUUGACUCAUACACUAGACAGCCAAGAGAGAUCAUGUCGUUUGUCACCCAGUACACACCCGUCCAUAUGGCCAUUGCGCAGACUCUACCUAUUGUGACGAGACCUGGAAAAGUCCUACAUGAGCUGCCCAUACCCAAAGGAACAUGGCUGAAUAGCGAUGUCAAGCAGAAUGCCAAAGUUUCGUUGGGGAUGUACGGUAAUUUGUUUACGUUCAUCGGUGGACCUCAGUCUUGUAUGGGUUGGCGGUUCGCCGUGUGCGAGCUACAUGCUCUUAUGGUAGAGAUUAUCGACAAAUUUGAGUUUUCACUUACAAAGGAUUGGAUUCGCAUUCAGAGGGAAUCGUGCAGGGUAAUGGUCCCCACCCUCGAAGGAGAGGUGGAGAAGGGGGCCCAAUUGCCUUUGAAGGUGAACAUUGCGCCUCGAUAA